GAGAUCAGGUGCGCAGAGACUGGGAGCGACUUGCCUCGGCGUGCACGUUGCAGUGCAAGCUGCCCAAGCUACAGCGCUCUCAAUGCUCGACUUGGCCCUCUGCGCCGGGUCUGCGCAGUGGCGAUGACCGGCCACGGCCACCUGCCCGGGCCAAGGAUCCACGUUGAACCGGACGAGCGCAGGACGACGAGCAAGACACGCGAUCGCCCCGUCGGCUGUGCAUGUUGAGGUGGCGGCGGAUUUGAACUCCUUUGGGCGGGAAUCCCGCUGGCGGCGCCGAAGGUGACGCACUCACUUGACCGCCAGAGACGAGCCCCGGCGCCGGUGCUUGGGGCUGCGAUCGACUUGCAGCGCGCGCGCGGAUCUCAAUUGACGAGGCAAAAGCUCGCCCGAGCUCGCUCGUUCUCGCCCACCGAGGCGUCCAGCAAAUGGCGGCGAAGAAGGCGCCACGGACGACGGCAUGAAGCACGUUGUCGUCGAGUUCGAGUAACUUGUGCGGGGCCAGCGGCGGUCGUGCCGUCGUCCGCACACCAAGAUGGACACACUCGCAGCCAGGCGAGCGAGCGCGGCGGCGGCGCCGACCUGAGCUGCGACGCCCCAAGCUCGCGUUGCCGGCGGCUUCCUGCUGCGUGCGUCCCCAUCGCGGCCGGCGCUCUGCGAUCCUCCUCCUCAAUUCUCAGCCUUGUGUUGUUGCCUCUCUCCGUUCACGCCCUGGAGCGCCGAGCACUAUAAUCCCCCAUGGAAAUCGCCACCAUCUGGGCGGAAGCGAGCAGCGCACGCCAUGCACCAAGAGGAUAAGCAAAGCUGAAAAAAUCCCCGUGCAAACGCUGCCGGCGUCCGGGAUCGUAAGCUGUGAGCCUCGCCUUGAGCUUGAGCUCGGCACCGGCAGGCAGGUGUUGCCGCGUCGUGCAGCGCUGUCGCACGAUCCGACGAGCGCCCGGGAGCUUGACAACGCAACAAACAUCACUCUGGUCGCAGGCAGGAACUUUCUUGUGAAAGACGGGCCUGCUGGCCAGCCCCUGGGUUGAGCGCGCAAAGGCAGCGAGAGUGAUCAUGGCGCGCGCCGCAUGUGGGGCUCGCCGCAGAUGGAGAGGACUGCUGCGUGCUGCCGCAGCCGGCGCCGGCAAGCAGGCACGGCACGACAUGGCAUGGCACGGCAUGGAUGCUGCUGGCGCCAGCCAGCCGGUGGCCACCGGCCAUUUGCGAUCUUUGCCUCGAAUUUGUGGAAGAAAGUCAGCGUAUCUUGUGAAAAACCUCGCUUCUGGAAGGCGGGUCGUCGGUCGUGCCACUGCCCAUUUUCCGAAAAUGAGCUGGUUUUUAAAGUUGAAAUGGGCACGAAUGUUAGAAGAAGAUCGCCGCGCUGCCGCUGACCGGCAAAUCUUGCGCUGCAACGCGAAUGCGAGGAAAAGCUGUCGCAAUAUCUGCUAUAUGCCCUGCUUCAGCGAUUUCCGGAAGUCCGGCCGCUUCAUACGUCUACCUACAUGUAGUCAGGAUCCAUCGAAUGUGCUUCUCUGACCCUGUUGAGUUUCUGGCGGAAACGCUGCACGGAACAAUCGCGUGGCUGUCAUGGGUCGGAACGUCCGCCUUGUCCGUCCAACCACGACCGAAAUUGAGCUCUGCGUUUUUCGAAAAUGGGAUUUGAUGCGCCCGGCUCUGCGCUUGGAUCCGAAAAGGCGAGGUUUUAUUAUCUGCCCUCUGGAUUACCUGGGCGAAGCCGGUGCGGGGGGCGCACGCAAAUCAAAGCUAGCGCACGGCCGCACCCAGCGGUCAAAAGGGAAAAGGCCACGGAGGAGGCAAGUCGAGCACUAGGAAGAGCGCCAGGGCGAUAUUUCACCGCCGUAGACCAGAGCAGGAAGUAGCAAGGUAUGGCCUCCACCCAUCCGUCCAACGGCACCUUGCGUCCCCCGAGACGCGAAACGCUUUGUGUCGCCAGCGCCGUACCGUAGAAGUCUCUAACUUUUUGCCUCUCUUCUCCCCCCCUGUCGCUUUAGACACUUCGCCAUUUCCUUCUAAACACACACUUAACCAAGAGAAGAAGACGAUAGAGAACACACCACCACACAACACAGCCAUGACAGACUUCAUCCGCAACAUUUGGCAAAACGCCGGCAACGCCGGAAGCGCCGCCGCCGGCACUGCCGGUGCCCGCAAGCCGGACGCCGUACAGCCCGUGGACCAGAUCCGCCUGCCGCCGGCCGCCGCCGCACCGUCGGAGCGCCUGAUCAAGCUGGAGCCGCCGGCCUCCCCCGCGUCGUCGGCCUCGUCCUCCUCGGACGACGCGCAGUCGGGCAAGGCGCAGCGCAUGGCCCGCGUAAACGCGCGCCGCGACAAGCGCAAGCCGCUGGAGGCCGCGGACGCCGCCGCCGCGCCGUCCACUAAGAAGCUCAAGACGGAGCCCGCGCUCGACCCGAGCGGCGAGGAGCGCCUGCGCGCCAUGGAGGCGCAGCUGGAGCACCUGGACCCGGACUCGAAGGAGGCCAAGAAGAAGCGCCGCCUCAUCCGCAACCGCAUGUCGGCGCAGCUGCACCGCGAACGCAAGAAGGCGUACGUGGGCCAGCUCGAGGACCAGCUCCAGGCCAAGGAGCGCGAGCUCAAGGCGCUGCAGGAGCAGCUGGCCGCCAUGGCCGUCGAGAGCGAGCAGCUCAAGCAGCAGCUCGUGCGCAAGGAGAGCGUGGCCCUGGUGGAGCCGCGCAUCAAGGCCGAGCCCGAGCUCGUCGAGGCGGUGGUGGCCGCGCCGCAGGAGCCCAUCGUGGUGCAGGACGAGCCGGCCGUGGACUGGGCCGCGUGCCUCGAGGACAUGGACGACGCCAUGGUGGGCGAGGACCUGCUCUGCGACCUGGACGAGUCCCCGCUGGCCGCCUACGGCCUGAGCCCCAUCAGCGAAGACCCCGUGGCCGCCGCGCUGGCCGAGGAGGAGCAGCGCCAGAAGGCGCAGGCCCAGACCCAGUCGCACCACGAGAUCCACGCGGCCAAGAAGAACCUGGCCAUGAUGAUGGCCAUGAUGUUCUCGGUCACGUUCUGCGGCCAGAGCGAGUCGGUGGCCAACGUCACGAGCGGCAGCAACUUCUCGUCCAUGUUCAACGCCGUGCCCGUCAAGGAGCUCUCGCAGAUGAGCAUCGCCUCGCGCAUCGUCGCGUGCCUCGAGAAGACGUCGUGGGAGGACUUCCAGGACGUGUCCUCGUGGACGGCCUCCGCCGCCAGCGCGGCGGCCGCGGCCGCGGUGGCCGUCACGGCCGACAAGAAGUCGCGCUCGCCCCCCGCCCAGCAGCCGGCUAACUCGCCGUCCGCGGCCUCGGACGUGACGGACUCGUCCGGCUCGUGCGACUCGCCCAAGGAGCUCGAGGACGUGGGCAUGAGCUUCGACACCGACCUGAUCGAGGAGUUCGUCUACCCCGUGGACGAGCCCUUCGCGCCGGCCCUGGCCGACACGAACUGGUUCGGCGCCGACAGCGACGAGUUCGGCCACAGCGACGUCGAAGGCGACGACGAGCACAUGCCCGAGACCAAGACGACGGUCAAGCCCGUGUCGAUGACCUCGCGCCUGUACGAGAAGCUGACGAAGCUCUGGAACGAGAAGAACCAGGUGCUGCUCACCGUGCUGAACGGCAAGAACGAGGUGACCCGGCGCUCGGUGGCCGACAUGAGCACGAUCCGCAAGGGCAUGUCCACGGGCGCGCUGUUCCCCACGAUGGCCGCCAACGCGGCCACCGCGUCUAACGACAAGCUGCUGGAGAAGCACGACCAGUCGGUCACGUUCCUCUACCCGCUGAGCGCCUUCUCCAAAGACCAGCGCUCGGCCGCCUUCCCGAACGGCGCCAGCUCCGACCAGGUGUUCCUGGAGGUGUCGUGCCAGAUCAACGGCGCAGUGACCCCCGUGCUGUAAAAGGGUUGGCGAGCGGCUAGGUAGACAUUCAGUAUUAGGGAGCGCGAGCACGAGCAGCAGAGCUCAUGCUUCGUAUCUUCAUUUCGGUGUAGGCGUGGAGUUCCAUUAUCUAUCACGAGAACCAUAGAGUCGAAGACAAUCAAUGGCUUCUUUGCUUUAUCAACCCGCGCAUGCACCUCGUUGCCUUUCAUCAACUGCUUGUCAUUGCCAUUGCAAGCGUCUUGCAAGGCAAAACGUUGAUGUUUUGGCUUUCAAACGCAUUUGCACUUGGUCGCCUCCUUCGAAGCACACUACAUGUAUCUGGAUACGACGAUAGUGAUUGCAUGCAUGACCCGAUCGUGCGGCUGAGCUUCAUUGGUUUCCCACAUUGACACGAUGUCAACUAUGUACACAGCUGAAGCUACAGCGACUACAGCACAGCACUGGCGCAGGCCUUCAACUACAUGUACUUAAGUAGAGCAGCUUCACUGCGC